AAUCAAGUUUAACACUGUGGAGUUUUUUGACUGGUGGAACCUUUCCAUGGCUGAUUUUGCACUGUUUAUCAAUGGAGAGCGGCCAAGCCCAAUCUUAUCCAAUGGCGAGCCAACAUCCUGCACCAGUGUGAACGGUGUAAGAUUAUUGAUUAUGGAAGCACUAAAAUUGUCAUUAAAUUUGCACCGUCAUGCCCCAAAUUUCAAAGCCGAGUAUCGAAUCUUUUCUUCAACACCCUUCAAUCAUGCACUUCAUUUCUUAAAGAAGCAAUCCUCUGUUUAAUUCUCUUCAGGAAACCCAAAAUCUCCUUCAAUGGAAACCAAAACACUUCAUUUUCUGUCUCUAAUUAUAAUCUCUCUUAUCUCUUCAUCCACCUCUUACUCCCCCACAGAUAAUUACCUUCUCAACUGUGGCUCAGCCACCAACACUUCGCUCUAUAACCGAGUCUUUGUAUCCGAUGCUUCUAGAACAGGUUCGUUUUUUCUCUCAGCAGACCGCUCCAUUUCCCUCGCUGACCAAAACCCAUCUCCAAAUUCGCCCGCUUUGUACCAUACAGCGAGAGUUUUCACCACUCCUUCGAGCUACAAAUUCAACAUCAAGAAGAAUGGGACUCACUUGGUACGUUUUCAUUUCUCGCCAUUUGCAGCUCGAGGUUUUAAUUUAUCAACUGCAAAAUUUAGUGUUCUUGUUAACGGUAAUGUGAUGUUGAAUGAUUUUAGUACCCAAGUUGUCGUGCUUAAGGAGUAUAUAAUAAAAGCAAAUGAUAAAAUGCUGGAAAUUUUGUUGAGACCUGUGGCUGAGUCAGGUUUUGGAUUUAUUAGUGCUAUCGAAGUGUUUUCGGCUCCCAAAGACUUUAUCGUUGAUUAUGGAGCCAAGCUGGUUAGUGCUGAUGGAAUUGAAGAGUACCAGAAUCUUUCGUUGCAUGUUUUAGAGACAAUUCACAGGAUUAAUGUGGGAGGUUCGAAAUUGACAGCUUUUAAUGAUACUUUGUGGAGAACGUGGAUCCCUGAUGAUGAUUUUCUUGUUUUGAAAACUGCUGCUAAACGUGUAGCUACUACUCAUACUCCUAAUUAUCAGAGUGGAGGUGCCAGCCCAGAGAUUGCGCCAGAUAAUGUGUAUAUGACUGCACAGCAGAUGAAUAAGGAUAACGCAACCUUAGGGGCAAGAUUCAACAUCACAUGGGAUUUUCCAGUGGGUUCGAGUGGUGUUCGACACUUGGUUCGCUUGCAUUUUUGUGAUAUUGUUAGUACUUCACUUAACCAGUUGUACUUUGAUGUAUAUGUGAAUGACCUCUCUGCUUACAAGGAUCUUGAUCUAUCUACGCUUACAUUCCACAUGCUUUCAUCUCCAGUCUACUUAGACCUUAUCGCAGAUUCUGAUGAUCUGGGGACUAUGCGUGUGAGUGUUGGACCCUCGGAUAUAAGCACUUCUUUGAAAAUCAAUGCUAUUUUGAAUGGUGUAGAGAUCAUGAAGAUGGUAAAUGUUCUUGAUUCACAGACCGGAUAUAAAAAGAGACGAAUUUGGAUUGUGUUAGGUUCAAUUUUCGGAGGCCUUCUUGUAUUUUCUUUGGUUGUUCUUGCUGUUGUGCUUCUAUGUAAAUGCAGAAAGCAGAAACCAAAACCAAGACGUGCAGAAAGUGUAGGUUGGACACCCUUACGUGUAUAUGGAGGCAGUUCUCACACUAGACUGUCUGAAGUGACGGUCAAUGCAUCUCCUGGUUCAAAUGGUUAUCACAGCUUGAGGAUCCCUAUUGCCGACAUUCAAUUGGCCACUAACAAUUUUGAUGAAAAUCUAAUCAUUGGUUCGGGUGGAUUUGGUAUGGUUUACAAAGGGGUUCUUAAAGACAACACAAAGGUUGCUGUAAAGAGGGGUGUUCCUGGAUCUAGGCAGGGACUUCCAGAAUUCCAGACAGAAAUAGCAGUUCUGUCCAGGAUACGUCACCGUCAUCUUGUUUCCCUCAUUGGGUAUUGUGAAGAGCAGUCAGAAAUGAUACUGGUUUAUGAGUAUAUGGAAAGGGGACCAUUGAAGAAUCAUUUAUAUGGUUCAGGAUAUCCAACUUUGUCAUGGAAGCAAAGGCUUGAAAUUUGCAUUGGUGCAGCAAGAGGUCUUCACUACCUGCAUACAGGUUCAACACAAGGCAUCAUCCAUCGUGAUAUUAAGUCUACAAAUAUUUUGCUUGACCAAAAUUAUGUGGCCAAGGUUGCUGAUUUUGGUCUUUCAAGAUCUGGCCCAUGCCUCAAUGAGACUCAUGUAAGUACUGGCGUCAAAGGUAGUUUUGGUUAUCUCGAUCCAGAGUACUUCCGGAGACAGCAGCUGACAGACAAGUCAGAUGUUUAUUCAUUUGGAGUAGUUCUUUUUGAGGUUCUCUGUGCUAGACCUGCUGUUGAUCCAUUGCUUGCCAGGGAGCAAGUGAAUUUAGCUGAAUGGGCAAUGCAAUGGCAGAAAAAAGGUAUACUUGAGAAAAUUGUCGAUCCCCAUCUUGUUGGACAGAUAAAACGAAGCUCUCUUAAGAAAUAUGGAGAAACAGCAGAGAAAUGUUUGGCAGACUAUGGUGUUGAUAGGCCAACCAUGGGUGAUGUGUUAUGGAAUUUGGAAUAUGUACUUCAGCUUCAGGAAUCUGGACCAUCAAGAGAACCGCGGGUGAAUGGCAAUGCAAAUGCACAGGAGCUCCCAUCACCUUCAAUGGUUCCCCAAGGUUCAUCAAGUGAUGACGCUGGGGCUGAAAAAGAUGAUGGUAAUGGUGUUUCAGACAUAACAACCAGCAAAGUCUUUUCCCAGUUGAUGACCAAUGAAGGCAGAUAGUUUUACAUGUAAACAGUUCAUACACUUCUUAACUCAUUUUUAACUAUUCUCAGAAAGUCUGUUUGAAUUUAUUUUGGAGGUACCAAUCCAAAUUUAAAUCUUCUGUCA